CUAUAUCGUCCAACCUGUUUAAUCAAGAUAGAUUUCAAAGAUUGGAUUCCGCGACAGUUGCAACUGUUCCUACGCAGCAGCCGCGAAAAGCAACAAAUCUCUCGCCUGGAGCCGCUGCCGCUUGAACUAUUGCUCCUUAUUACAACCUUCCUGGAAACCGCCGACAUCAUCUGUUUAAGCCUAUGCAGCCGAACACUGAACAAUUUCACGACAAGUCUCUAUAACCUCAACAAACCAAUAUACGAUAAACCGCUGGCUCUUUCCGUCCUCAUCAGACUAGUCCGAGACCUUCCUCGGAUGUUCUGCUGCCACCGUUGCGGGAAACUGCAUCCUAUCACCGACGUCCUUCAUCCAGCACGUUCCUCGAAUGCUAUCCGCUAUGAGUGCUCGGACCUGAAGUGGAGACUGUACCGGAGGAUGUCAUUACCACCUUCGCUGAUACAGCGUGUAUCUGUCCACUGUCUGCCCAGCAAAUAUACCUUCCACCACUGCCACCUAGCUGCCGUGAUGCAGAAUCACGAUCGUGGCGGAGGCCGCUACGGAAUCAACGCCGACUCUUUGGCCUACACCGAGGUAGUUGACUAUCCAGAAGAUCCCGCAAGAACGACUUUGUUGUCAGUGGAAGGACGGAUUUGCACGCCUGUUGGAGCUCACCCAACCCCAUCGCUCGUCCUGCAGAUGCAGCAGUGGGUGUUAUUUCAUGAUAUAGAUAUCGUCUCUGGCAGGAGCCUUGAUGUCCUCAUUUCAAGGAUUAAGUAUCUGAGCAUCUGCUGUAAGCACACCCUGGGUUCUGCGGAGGUAGAGAACAGUAUACGCUCUGGUAUUCGGCAGCAGGGUUUCUGUUUGGAGGUGCCGGCCGCUGCAAAGUUUCUGCAGUGCUCGCUUUGUGGUGUUGAGUUUCAGAUCGCCCUCUGCGACUGUGGUAAGGAUGGUAAGGCAGUGAUUCUCACCAAAUGGCUAGACCUUGGGGUGGGAAUGGAUGUUGAAGAUCCGAAGUGGAAGAAAGCCACUCUCAGCUUCGCCCAAUGUAUACUCGAGCCUUCGGAUGUGAUAGUAAGCUCGGGGGAUGUUCGACGACUAUUCUGUGAAAGCUCGGAGCAAGAGAGUGACCCCACAAUGCGAAAUAAAUCAUAUUUGGAAGGGAGGCGAUACCGUCGCGUGAUGGUGAGGGACCUGUAUAGCAGGUACGGGUUAUUCCCUCGCUAGCCAUGUCACUGUUCCCGGGUAGUAGUAAUGUUGCUCGCUCCUAUUCAGAAAGACAAGAACAGAGUCGAGAAGGAACCUGGGCUGCCUAGAAUGGAAGAAACAACCCAUCUCAGGGUUUUGUGGCUCGGAGCAAAGAAGACUCACUGCGAGCUUAGGAGGUCGCUGAGUGUCAGAGCCGGGAUGCGAAGGUGGUCAAGUUAUAGGAUGUCUGAAUCUCAAUUGUCAGCUAAUGGUAUGUUCUGCGGAGGAAGUAGAUGCGUGCCGACAUGGAGAGCCCGUGUGUUCCCGUCAGUGGGUCUCUUCACCUGGGCAUCCAAACAAUCUGCAUGCUGAGUGCAGAAUACCGUUGAUCAAGUCGAUUUCUUCAACAAAACUCUGGGGUUGUUCUUCUAUACAAUU